CUGAGACUGAGGCUGAGACAGCGGCAGCGACUGAAGCGGCAAUUCGUCCGUCGGCAUAUUUUUGGGCUGCAUUUAUGAAAAGCGUUUACGCCCGCCAGCACGCGCCCGCUCCCAGCUCGGCGAUUUUUGCAGAGAUCGCAUCUCAAAGCGGAUUCAGUCAACGGCGUCAACUCAAUUUGUCGAGUCGGUUUUUCUGUCGUCGUCGCGGAAGUCACUAAGCCAAGUUAAUUAAACUGCCAACGCAACGCAACGCAACGCAACGGAAAACACGCUACGCUUCAAAGUUCUGUGUAUUUAGUGUGAAGUGUGACAAGAAUAUAAAAAACAAAUCAAAUCGAUAUCAAUACCAUAUUUGAAUAUUUGCAAAAGCAAAGAAGACCAAGUGCAAACAAACUAGUGAAAUUUAAUUUAUUUUAUUGUUCAAUCUGAUCAAAUUGGCGCCACUCGCUCUCAACAUGUCCAGCCACGAGGAGGAUGACCACGAGCAUGAGCACGAGCAUGGCGACGAUGUCGAGGAGCAGGAAAUACACGUCGAUGUCGAUUCCGAUUCGCGAAUGUCAUGCGGCAGCGGAUCCGAUGUGGAUAUGGAUGGUGGCAGUUGCUACGACGAAUCCGAAACGCCACUCAGUGAAUCACUGCAGUCGGAACAGACACGCUCCUCGUCCAGCGAGAAUCUGCCCUUCAGCAUAUCCCGGCUGCUCUCCAAACCCUUCGAGACCAACAACAACAACAACAAUAGCAGCAAUAACAACAACAGCAGCAAUAUACAAAGCAGCAGCCCCAACAACAACAACAACAGCGCCGUCGAUGACAAAGAGCUACAGGCAGACGAUCAGGAUUUGGCUGCCUACAAACUGGCCACCAGCAUUGCGAACUCAACCUACGGCAGCGCCGCCGCUCUCUACACAUAUCCGCAUCUUUAUCCGUCGGCAGCCGCCGCUGCCGCUGGCCAUGUGCUGCGAGUGCCACCGCAGCGCACACCGCUAACCUGGGCACUUCCGCCACUGCAUCAUGCGGCGUUGGCGCAUCAGGCGGUCAAGGAUCGACUGGCAGCUGCAUUUCCCAUUGCCCGUCGCAUCGGACAUCCCUAUCAGAAUCGCACGCCGCCCAAGCGAAAAAAGCCGCGCACAUCCUUCACACGCAUCCAGGUGGCCGAGCUGGAGAAACGCUUUCACAAACAAAAGUAUCUCGCAUCUGCGGAGCGAGCGGCUCUCGCCCGUGGCCUCAAGAUGACCGAUGCUCAGGUGAAGACGUGGUUCCAAAAUAGACGCACCAAGUGGAGACGUCAGACAGCCGAGGAGAGAGAAGCCGAACGUCAAGCGGCCAAUCGCCUGAUGCUUUCCCUACAGGCGGAGGCCAUUAGCAAAGGAUUCGCGCCGCCCGCGGCUCCGCUCAGCUCUCAAACUGGGGUCAAUGGCGCUCCUCUCGCUGCGCUUCAUGGUCUGCAGCCGUGGGCGGAGGCGUCGCAUGCAGCGGGCUGCUAAUCGUCUACAAACUUAGCAUAUGUCGCAUAGUCUAUAAGGUUUAUUUGUGAUAAAGUUUGCUUUGUAAAUACAGUUGAAGUAAUGCAGUUCUGCUACAAUUUGUAAAUAUUUAGCUAUACUUCCUAGAUACAUCCACACACACAUAUAUAUGGUAUAUAUAAUGUAUAUCAAUAUACAAGUAUUAUUAAGUUGUCGUCUUAAGUUUAUGUAGUUUAUGUUUAGUUUUGUAGCGCAGUGUUUCCAUUUCUUCAGUUAUUCUUCAACACUUUCAUGGCGAAAUGCAUCUCAAAAAAUGUCAACUUCUAAGCAUAAUUAAAAAACAAACAAAAAGAAGAACAACUUUUAAACAUAUGGCUUGUAUUGUACGUUAGUCUUAAGUCAACUGGCAUUACCUAGUAUUAUAAAUGAAUAAUUAGUAAACAUAUAAAUAACAUAUGAAAAUAAAUACACUACGAAAUCAAAGAAAA